GUUGUUGUUGUUUGUUUGUUUGUUUUUCCCGAAUAGCUUAAUAAACCACCGAUUACAAACAUAAAUCAGAGUCCCACACAAAAAAAGUUCAGUUUCACAGUUGUAAUUUCACCAAAUUAACAAGAAAGGAAGCAACAAAAUAAAUUAAAGCAAGUUCAAGUUCAGUUUCAUAAUUAUAUUCUCACCAUAAUCAAGUAGGAAUUAAACAAAAACAAGCAAACAAAAAAUAUUUAAAGCACGUUCAAAAAUAGUAUUUUCACCAAUUUGUUAUUUAACAUAAAGGAUAAAGGAAAACAAUAAAGAAAACAAAAAUAAAAAAACCGAAAUUGCUAAUUGCUAAUGAGGUAGAAGUAUCUUUGAUGUUUGAAAAACCUCGGCGGAUUCAACACUUCAUUUCUCAGAAGAGCGAGAGAAAUAACAGGAAGCCAAAGAAAAACACAUAAAACAAUUCAAAAGAUCUUCCUUCACACCAGUAUUACGUGAAAAAAAAAAAAACUUCUAUAUUUGCAUUAAACACAACAAUCAUAAAAUGUCUUGUGAAUUUGCGUGCGUGAUUGUUUAUGUUUGCGUUUGUGAGGCGAAACGGUGUGUGUGUGUGUGAUCUGUGUGCGUAUAGGAAAUGAGCACUGAGCUCUGGCUGAUGAUGGCAGGAGGGGGAAAUGUUUUUUGUUUUGUUUUUUUUUAUCAGAAGGAAUUGUUUAAGGGCUGUAGUAAAACAGGAAUUCACCUGAACAGCUCACUCGCACUCGUCAGCCAAAAAGACAAAUUUGCUCUGCAGCCAGCGUCCAAAGGUGCGACAAGCGGCACUUCGGUGAUCGCCCCGGCAACUCGUGUCCACUUUAGCGGUCCCGCCUGGCCCAAACACAGCAGCGAUAUCAGUCUCGACAACUAGGCGGUUGUCUCAGAAUAACAUACUGAUUGUGAAGAUGGAUACUCUGAAACGAUGGAUGAGGGACUGGAAGUAUCCGACAUCUCUAUUAUGCAUCUAUGGGUUCCUCAGCACAGUAAAGCCCUUAGAACCAUUUCUCAUUCCAUUCCUAACUGGACCAGACAAGAACCUAACCAUUGAGCAGGUAACCAAUCAGAUAUUCCCAGUGUGGACGUACUCUUACCUGGCAGUGCUGGUUCCUGUCUUCCUCCUCACCGAUUGGCUACGUUACAAACCUGUGGUGGUCUUCCAGUGUUUAGUCCUGUUCGCCACCACGGCAAUGAUACUGUGGUGUAAGGGUGUACCAGAGAUGCAGGCCAUGCAGUUUGCAUAUGGAGUGGUGACGUCAUGUGAUGUUGCUUACUUCACGUACAUCUACAGCAUGGUGGAGUUGAAGCACUACCUGAAAGCCACCUCGUACUGCCGGACCGCACAGCUGCUGGGCUACACUGUUGGUUCAGUAUUAGGCCAGGUCCUAGUCUCAUUUGAACUGAUGUCCUACAACAACAUUCUAGUGUUUACACUUGUUCUCACCGCCGUUGCGUUGAUCACCUCCAUUUUUCUUCCAAUGCCUAAGAUAAGCAUGUUCUUUCACCAAAGGAGAAGAGCUAGUGGAGAGACGGAUGGUGAAGGGCAUGUUUGGACAGUUAAACCUCAGGAACUCAAGGAAGAGUCUAUGACAGAGGAGGAUCUUCAGAGCAAUGGCCAAAAAGAUGGCGUGGAGGUGGAUGGAUCUAGACGGCAGAAGGAAACACUGGAAGGUUCCAGUGAUAAUACAAGUGCAAAAAGUUCCAAGACAGGUGGCUGUGGUGAUGUUCUGCUCUGGUUGUGGAGGGAUUUCCUGCAGUGUUUCUCCUCCCGUACACUGCUUAUCUGGUCAGCGUGGUGGGCACUGUCUACCUGCGGCUACAAUCAGACAGUGAACUAUGUCCAGUCACUGUGGGAGCAUGUGGAGCCAUCUAAUAACUUCACGGUCUACAAUGGAGGAGUGGAGGCCCUCUCAAACCUGUUUGGGGCGGCGGCGGCGUAUGGUAUCGGGUUUUCAUCUGCAGACUGGUCUCGCUGGGGUGAGAUGGCUCUGGGUGUGCUCUCUGCCCUGGAGGGCGGUGCUCUCUUUUCAAUGGUCUUCAGCGCCAACAUCUGGGUCUGCUACUGUGGCUACAUCAUUUUUAAGAGCCUGUACAUGCUGCUCAUCACCAUUGCCAUGUUCCAGAUAGCAGCUGGGUUGAACAUGGAGCGUUAUGCCCUUGUGUUCGGAGCCAACACCUUCGGUGCUCUGGUCCUCCAGACAAUCAUCACCUCGGUGGUGGUGGAUAGCAGUGGGCUUGGUGUGGAUAUUGUCACACAGUUUACUGUCUACGGGGGAUAUUUUUCUGUUAUUGCCAUCGUUUUCUUCUUGAGGGGUUUGUAUAUAAUGUGCCAAAAACCUGAGCUGGAAACACCAAGAGAGAAUCCAGAAGAAACUUUAAAGGAAGAAGAUGAUGCUCAAAUCACCACUGAAACAAAAUUCUGAACAAAAGGAACAGGAAGUGCUCAGGGUUCCCACUCUAAGCCAAAUGUCAAAUUCCCUGACUUUUUUCUGACUUUCACUGACUAAAAAGCUGAAUUUCCAUGACCUAUAAUGAAUGGAAAAACAGGCCGCUGUUGUGCUGAGCACUGAGCAGACUAAAAUCCAUCCAUUUGCCAGCUUUAUUUACUUGUUCACAGACAUUUUAGUACAAACUAAGUUAAACACUCAUACACACUACUUUUUUUUUUUUGCGCUUUUACCCGUUAAAUGCACUUUGAUAUUUUUCUGUACUAUUUCUACAGAAAUUAAUUUAUAGUUUUUAUGCUUUUUUAAGGGAUUAAACGCUCUAGAGGAUUUUCUGUUUCUCAUCAAGUUCAUCAUUAAGUCUUUUGAUUUCUUCACAUUUAGUUUUUGCAGUCGGUCUUAGACUGUUUGACACUAGGCUAUUUCUGUAAAUGGUUAUGAUUAUUUAAGUCUGAAAUAAAUAAUAAUUAUUAAAUAA